CAAACCACAACUCCCGACGCUUAAAACUCGUUGGCUGUGCCGUUCCUUAGCGUGACACAAGAAAACUGGCGCGCAAGAAGAUUAGGGAGUAUGACGCUAAGCGGCUUCUCAAGGCGCAUAUGAAGCGUCUAGCAGGGAUCGACUUGCCUAUCCAGGUGGUUCAGUUCACUGCAAACACAAAUGCCUCCGACCUGCUGAAUGCCAAUCCCUGGCUGGCGAGCACCAAGCUGGUGGUGAAGCCGGACAUGCUGUUCGGGCAACGCGGCAAGAACGACCUGGUGGGACUCAAUAUGGACUUCAGCCAGGCGAUUGAUUUCGCCACCGCCCGCCUGAACCGUACCGUCACUGUCAACGGCUGCACCGGCCCCAUCACCACCUUUGUGAUUGAGCCCUUCGUGCCGCACAAGGACGAGUACUAUCUAUCCAUCACCACCAACCGAAACGGUUGGGAGGUGUCGUUCAGUGAGGCGGGAGGCAUCCACAUCGAAGAGAACUGGGACAAGCUGCGCACUGUGGUGCUGGACACACUGGACGCCAACCCCAGCGGCGGCCUGCCCGAGGGCGCUCUGGCCCCCCUGAUUGCGGGUCUGCCUCUGGAGCUGCGCCCCACCCUGGAGCGCUUCAUCGCCUCCGCCUUCGCGGUGUUCCACGACCUGGACUGCAGCCUCAUGGAGAUGAACCCCUGGACGCUGGACUCUGCGGGCCAGCCCUUCCCCCUGGACAUGCGCGUGGAGCUGGACGACACAGCCAAGUACCGCAGUGGCGGCAAGUGGAACCUGGACGGGCAGGAGCUUGAGUUCCCACUGCCCUUCGGCCGGUUACUGACGCCAGCUGAGGCGGCUGUGAGCGCGCUGGACGAGGCUACCGGCGCCUCGCUCAAGUUCACAGUUCUCAACCCGCACGGGCACGUGUGGCUCAUGGUGGCGGGCGGCGGCGCCUCAGUCAUCUACACAGACACCAUUGGUGACCUGGGAUACGCGGAGGAGCUGGGCAACUACGGCGAGUACAGCGGUGCGCCCAACACGGCUGAGACGUACGCCUACGCCAAGACGGUGCUGGACUGCGCCACCGCACACGCGGGGGACGGGCGGCCGCGUGCGCUGCUGAUUGGCGGCGGCAUCGCCAACUUCACUGACGUGGCCGCCACCUUCACAGGCAUCAUCGCCGCGCUCAAGGAGAAGGCAGCGGCGCUGCAGGCGGCCAAGGUGCGCAUCUUCGUGCGCCGCGGCGGCCCCAACUACCAGAAGGGACUGGAGCUGAUGCGCGCUCUGGGCCCGCAGCUGGGCGUGCCAGUGUCUGUGUACGGCCCGGAGAGCUCCAUGACGGGCAUCUGCGCCGAGGCCUGCCAGUACGUCAGCGGCGCUGCGGCAUGAGACGGAGGCGGAGGAGGAGGAGGAGGAGGGGGUGGCGGAGAGGAAGAGGUUUGGGGGGCGCAGGAAAGUGAGUUGGAGUCAGUUGGGAGUUUCGGCGGGGGGCGGGGCCGCUAGGAGCGUCCACCACGGGGUUGUGCGUGACAUCUGGCAGUGAGUGACGUCACGAGUUGGCGGUGCUUACGGCAGGAAUGAGCCGCAGUGAGUUGGUGUCUGGGCAUGACGCAGUGGGUCGGGGCGGAAGCAGCCGUAAGCACGUGUAUGGGGGAGUUGGAUCAAGCAAGACGAUUGCAAGCAUAAGAGAACAAGAGGUUACGACCACUUUCAGUUGCCACCUACCGGGACGCAGCCUUGACCACGCAGGUGUAUGGUAUCCAGUGAAUCGAGUCUGGCACUUUUGUUAGCGAAUAGAGGUUACAUGUGGGAUGACAGCCACGGGCAAGCCUUUUGUUAGCUGAUAGAGGUUACAUGUGGGACGACAGCCGUGGACUAGCCAGGGCCCCAAAAACGUACGAGACACGCACGCUCACCCGAGGAGAGAUCCCCGAAUGACCCCCAUGCUCCUCGCCUCCGGAGAGGGGAGGAACCCCAGGCCCGGCUCACCGCAAACGCUAGCGCUGCUCACCUAAGCCGUGGGUCGGCGCCAUAAGACUACCUCUUG